AUGACUGACAGAAUAACUGCCGGAAACACCAUCCACUCCAACCACCCAGUCAACUACAUCACCAACGGAGGCUUCUAUUUGGUCCUCCAGCAAGAUGGUAACUUGGUUGUGUACCGUGGCAACAACUUUGCCUCGUGCAACGCCAUCUGGUCCACCCAGACCCACGGCAAGGGUCAUGCCCCAUACCGUCUGACCAUGCAGCACGAUGGUAACUUGGUUAUCUAUGACGCCAGCAACGCACCAACAUGGGCUACCGCUACUCAUGGAAAGGGUCACGGCCCACACACCUGCUACUUGUCACCACAGGGAGGUGUCCACGUUGUUGACAGCCACUCUGGCUGCCUAUACAGCUCCAACGGCUCCCACGCCACCCAGAUGAUCCUGCCAUCCCACCACCACACCCCAUCUCAUCCACAGCCAGGCCGCACAUUCCACCAUGGCGACAACUUGAGAAGCGAGGAGACCCUGCACUCCAACACCAACAACGCCAUUGCCCACGGCAACUACUUCCUCGUCAUGCAGGACGACGGCAACUUGGUCCUGUACACCUCCAGCACCUGGACCUCCAACAACGCCAUCUGGUCCACUCAGACCUUUGGCAAGGGCCACGGUCCAUUCCGUUUCGUCAUGCAGCACGAUGGUAACGCCGUCGUCUACGACAGCCACAACCAGCCAACAUGGUCCACCUGCACUCACGGCCAAGGUCAUGGUCCCUACAAGUUCCAUCUCCAUGGCAAUGCUGACCUCACCUUGAACGACUCUCACCACCACAAGCUGUGGUCCUCCCACACUGGUCGUUAA